AUGGGACAUUUUGUUGUUGAAGUAGACUGGAGAGAAAGGUCAUGGCUGCCCACUGCACUAUUCUUGGUGGCUCUGAUAAUUGCAGGUAAAGUUUCCCCCACCAGCUCUGACGCUCUUCUUAGUGUCCCAUCUGUUACUGCCACCUCCAGCCCUCCGGAUGUCUACCUACCUGCCAGCUUCAAGCUCUCCAACACCCAGCUGGCCUUCUUCUUGCAGGAGAGCCGGGUUCCAGGCCGUGGCAGCCAGGGCGGACACCCUCUGCAGCGCUCCGAGAGCUUUGUCGUCUUCCAGACCAAGGAGCUGCCAGCCGUCAACAUCACGCUGGGCCCUUUCGCUCAGGACCAGGCGCUUUCGAAAGAUCUCCUCCAGCCAUCCAGCCCCCUGGAUAUCCCGGGCAGGUUGACGGUCAACUGGAAGGUGCGCGCCUUCAUCGUACAGUCCAGGGUGUUUGCCAGUAACCCGGUGGUGCAGGUGCUGUUUUACAUUGCCGGGCGGGACUGGGAUGACUUCAAGGUCCAGGACAAGCUGCCGUGUGUGCGCCUGCACGCUUUCAGAGACGUCCGAGAGAUCAAGACCUCCUGCCGGUUGCAGGGGAACCUGGCACAAUGUUUGGCUCAGCUAGACCUUCCCGCCACCUGGUUCAACGUCAACGUGGCGCCUUUGGGCCGCAGGAAAACCACGGCCUCUGACGGGCUUGAGCUCAGCGGAGAGACGCUACAGGUGGAGCUUUACUACACCCUCCAUGAUCCGGAUGGUAAUGACGAGUGUGGGGAGAGUGUCCCUCGUCGAGGAGGGGGGUCCAGGGGGGAGAGUUCCUCUCAGCAGCCUCUCCUCCGGAUUGGGAGCAUUAACCUGUACCAACCCAGUCAGGAGCAACUGGUCGUGGACAAACAGUUGGACAAGAACCUGUUUCUUCGAUUGCCAGAGAAACCAUUAAAGCCAGGAGAGACACUGAAUAUCUUCCUUUAUCUAGUGCCAAACUCCACCGUUGAGCAGUUCACACUCAAGGUGAAAGCAAAGAAAGGAGUGAAUCUUCUCAACACCAGAUCCAAGAGCACCAGUUGGAAGGUGAACUGGGAGGUGCAGUCCGGGGCCAAGCAUUCCAUUGCCACUGUUGACGUUAGCAAGAACAAAGGAGUGCAGUCUGGGGAUGCCACUGGUAGCAUUGAAAUCAUGCAGCUUGAUUUUGAGAUGGAGAACUUCACCAGCCAAUCGGUGACCAGAAGGAUCAACUGGAAUAUCGAUUACAGAGGUCAGAACCCUCCCCCUGACUCAGAGAAGGUGGUGACAGAGCUGACAGUGGUUCAGAGGGAUAUUCAGGCUAUCAUUCCCCUGUCAAUGGACACUGAGAUCAUCAAUACUGCAGUUCUGACUGGCCGAACAGUAGCUAUCCCUGUGAAGGUGGUUUCCAUAGAAACGAGUGGCACUGUCACAGAUGUUUCUUCUUUCGUCGAGUGCAAGUCGUCCAACGAAGACAUUGUUAAGGUGUCCAUGAACUGCGAUUACGUGUUCGUGAACGGAAAAGAGACGAGAGGUUCAAUGAACGCGCGGGUGAUCUUCAGCUACGAGCACUUGAGCGCUCCUCUGGAGCUUACCGUGUGGGUGCCGAAACUACCCCUGAGGGUGGAGCUGUCAGACAGCCGGCUCAGCUUCAUCAAAGGCUGGAGAGUGCCGAUAUUACCCGACCGAAGGACGGCCAGAGACAGCGACGACGAUGAUGAGGAUGACCGUAAGGUGAGCCGCGGGUGCACCCUGCAGUACCAGCGCGCCCAGGUCAAGGUGCUGACGCAGUUCCACACCACCUCGACCGAAGGAACCAAUCAGGUCAUCACCAUGCUGGGACCGGACUGGCGGGUGGACGUGACCGAUUUGGUGCAGGAUUCGCUGAAGGUGGCGGACCCGCGGGUCGCCGAGCUCGCGGACCGGACCGUGCUCGUGGGCCUGGAGCUGGGAUCGUCUGUGCUAAAGGUUGAGUCUCCGCUGGCUGUGGAGGCGGUGCUGGGAGAGACACCGUUUUCAGUUGUCGACGACAAAGUGUCAAUAACGGAGCUGCGAGUACACACCAUCUCUGGACUGGCAUUAACUAUACAGCCAAGCCCUGGCAACAGCCACACCAUGGUCGCCAAGGCAACUGGCCUACAGACACUAUCUACCCCUAAGCAGGAGGCUAGCCUAUCCAUCUGGGUUUAUUAUAGUGAUAACACAGCCACCCCUCUGAGCAUGUAUGACCCCAAGGACUAUAACCUCAACGCCUCCACGCUGGAUGACAAGGUGGCCACAGUUUCCCAGGAGCCUCAGCAGCGGUGGCCGCUAAUUGUCGCAGAAGGUGAGGGAUCUGGAGAGAUUAUUCGUGUCGAAAUGACCAUCUGCGAAGCCUGCCAGAAGACGAAGAGAAAGAGCGUAAUUGCCUCCUCUGCGGUGUUCGUUAAAGUUCGCUUCGGCCCGGAAGAAGAUUCCGAGGAAGAGGUGGAAACGGAAAGCGAGACCAAAGAGCCAGUGAACACGGGGAGACCGGUUAUCGAUCCCAGUGUCGGUGGCGGAGGCUUUGAACCGUCCAACGAGCAGCCUGCGAGCGUUCCCAUCGAUUACACCAACUUCCCAACAAUCAGUAACCAGGAACGGCCGACGGAAGAAGAGGAAGGGGCGGAAGAUGAAUUUGUACACACGCCCCGUAGCAUGACGGAUUUGGAGAUUGGCAUGUACGCUCUUCUAGGUGUUUUCUGUCUCGCUAUUUUGGUCUUUCUCAUAAACUGCAUUGUAUUUGUCCUCAAGUACCGUCACAAGCGUAUACCUCCCGAGGGACAAGCCAACAUGGACCAUUCCCAUCAUUGGGUCUUUCUGGGUAAUGGACAACCCUUGCGCACUCAGGGUGACCUUUCACCCCAGCAAAUAGAGAGUCCCAGCAACCCCUUGGAGGGGGUACAGACUUGCUGUCAUGGAGACCACCACAGCAGCGGCAGUUCCCAGACCAGCGUCCAAAGCCAAGUUCACGGUCGCGGGGACGGCAGUUCUGGUGGCUCAACCAAAGAGCACAGUGAGGAGGCCAAUUCCCCUACUUCAAAACGUAAGAGAGUCAAGUUCACCACUUUCACGACUUUGCCCACAGAGGACAUGCCCUACAACUCUAUCCCCAUAGCUGAUGAGGAGGACAUUCAAUGGGUAUGCCAAGACAUGGGCUUCCAGGACCCCCAGGAACUGCACGACUAUAUGCGCAGGAUAAAAGAAAUAGCCUAA